AUGUCCACUGCGGACGCGGCGUUUGGCCCCCUCCCUCCCGCCUGGCUCUCCCGCUGCCGCCCUUUUCCCAUCACACCGCCGCUCAUCAUGCGCGAAAAGGACUCGUCGCCCCGCAAGAUGCUGGUCGCCCAGAGCGGCCACUCGUCACCCAAGCAGGCCGCGGUCUACCCGCUGUCGGUGAGGGUGCCGCCCCACGAAGGGGCACCUUUCGACCUGAGCAGGAACACGAGCAGGGCGUCGCCGGGGCCGCACAUGAGCCCUGCAGGGAGGCCGCAGGAGCAGCACGGCGAGGAGCAGCCGUUGGACUUGAGGGUGGAGCACAAGAAGCUGAGUCUGAUUAUAAUGAGGCGACAGAUCGAAGACGAGAACCGCAACAUUAUCUCACCCACACCAAGCACCUCCAGCGAAAAAGAGGAAGUGAUAGUCGAGGACCGAUCAUCCCCUCCCACGCCCAACAACAUUCCCAAACCACCGUUCUCCCCACAACUACCCGCCUACCCUGGAAUGCUAUUUCCACCCCAACCCAUCCAUCCCAUGAUGCUGGACGCCAUAUACCGAGUGCAAGGUGGCGACAAAGUACCUAGACUACCUUUACCCUACCCACCUUCACCUGGAUACCCUCAACGGUACCCGUUCUUAAGUCCAAACAUGCUCAGCCCACCUGUAAAUAAUGUUCCUUUCGAUAUGCUGAGGAAUGCACCCAGUGCACCUCCUACACCCAAAGUAUUCGACCCUGCAAGUGGUAAAGCGAAGGAUAGAUACGCUUGCAAGUUCUGUGGUAAAGUGUUCCCACGUAGCGCAAAUCUUACGAGGCAUUUGCGAACUCACACUGGAGAGCAGCCUUACAAAUGUAGAUAUUGUGAAAGAAGCUUUAGCAUAUCCAGCAAUCUCCAAAGACACGUGAGAAAUAUUCACAAUAAAGAGAAACCCUUCAAGUGUCCGUUGUGUGAAAGGUGUUUUGGACAACAAACUAACUUGGAUCGUCACUUGAAAAAGCACGAGGCUGACGGACCAACAAUUUUAGAUGAAAGAAAUCUCCAAAGAAGAAACUUGGGUAGGAACUUGAGCGAAGAAUCGUACUUCGAAGAAAUCCGUUCGUUUAUGGGAAAAGUUACUGACGGAAGGCUUCUCCAACACCUGAAACCCGGAAGCAACCUACCAAACUUCCCACUUUCUCUACCUUCAAAACUGUUCGACACCGGCAAACUGCAAGACAUGGAGAAACCAUCGACUCCAAGUGAAGAAACGAAGAGAGACUCCUCGUAUUUUUCGGAUAAGGAUAACUACUCUUCGAGGUCAUCGACGAGCUCGGAAACGUCACACAAAGACGAAGACAUCACGAUGAAGAGCGAGGAGAACAGCAAGAAGCAAGAAGAGGAAGACAGCAACAACAACAGCACAAACCCAAGUGGUAACACAUGAUU